CAAAACACGUCGUCGCAUCAACAAACAACACGCGAAGCGGUUUUCUCGCGAUAAUCGUACAAAAUUUUAGUAAUCUCAUUGAUUCAAUAUUAAAUUGUUACAGAAACCGUAAUUCCAAUGCAAAUAUUCCUUAAGAAAUUGUUUAAUAGUGUUGCGUGUUCAGAGUGUGUGUGUUAAUUUAUUCAAUUUUUCAACCGAGAAGAUGGAAUGAAGUCUUCACCAUCGAACAACACAACGAUCAGUCAUCAUCUUCCAGUUCCAGAGAGUUGAUCUUUUGCCUUACCAGUGCCGGGACCGGUUUUCGUAUUGUGUAAUACUCAUCCCACGCGCGUGUGUCCCCUUCGGAAGUGGGGGCGUUUGGCUGUGAAUGGGAAAUGAUUCGCGUGCUACUCGUGGUGUUAACUUUCGGUGCCUUUGCCGGUGGUAGCAAAAGCGAUUAUGAGUUCAUUAACCUGCCCAAAUCGCAUCUACCGUUGUUCUUCCGGAGGUUUCCUCGCUUGGAGGAACGCUGUCUGGAGGACGAGUCUUGUGAGUAUCGAAAGCUGUUGAAGAGCGAGGCGUUUAAGGCGAAGAAGGAUACCUGCUGGGGCUACGAGGAUGACUGCCGGAAGAAGAAUCGUUUCUCCAAACCGGAAUGCCCGGGAGAUUUCCACGGAUACGUAAAGUCGAAAGAAGCGCAGCUGGAAACGUUUUAUGCGCAGGCGGAUUUCGGAUUCGUACGCGAUCAGAUCCGGGAGACGAGGAUCAUGUGCGAGCCAACUUUCCCGCACGAUUCGGCCCUGGAAUGCUCGAAGUAUUUGCGAUUCUGCCGGGGGCGGAACAUUAUGGUUAAUUUCACGGAUCUGAUCCAUCGAACGGAACCUCUUCGGUACAAAAUGGACGUGCUGUCCCAUGGUCAGAUCGGAGGUCACUGCAAGCUUCACCGGAAGCGCUUGGAAGACGAAUUAGAGCACAUCAGUCCUUUGCAAUCGUGGGGCCCGGAACUUCGGUUCUUCGACACCGUGGACAAACCACUUUCCCAAGGAGGAACCUGUGACGUUACCAUUGACCGACCGGCGUUUAUAAUGAAAAUCGAUGCAACCAUCAACAUGUAUCAUCAUUUCUGUGAUUUCAUCAAUCUGUACGGGUCUUUGCAUGCGAACCUCUCUGAUCCGUACGGAUUCUCCACGGAUGUGCAGAUCCUGGUGUGGGAGUCCUACACCUAUGAUUCACCGUUUGCGGAAACGUUCAAGGUGUUCACGAAGCACCCGAUUGCAGAUCUCAAGACCUACGCGGGAAAGGUCGUCUGUUUUAAGAAUCUCGUGCUUCCAUUGCUGCCUAGAAUGAUCUUCGGCCUGUACUACAAUACUCCAAUUAUCACCGGCUGUGAAAACAGUGGCUUCUUCCAAGCCUUCUCCGAGCACGUGUUGCAUCGGCUAAAAGUUCCCCAGCGGAGCCGAAGCGAUCGGAAACUGCGGAUAACGUUCCUAUCGCGUCAAACCAAAUUCCGACGGGUGCUGAACGAGAACGCACUCCUAGAGGAGAUCUCCGAGAACGAGGAUUACCUGGUGAAUCGGGCCAGCUUUACCUACAAAACCGAUUUCCGAGAGCAGCUGAAGAUCACUCGUAACACGGACAUCUUCAUCGGCAUGCACGGAGCUGGCCUGACGCAUUUGCUCUUCCUUCCCAAGUGGGCCGUGCUGUUCGAACUGUACCACUGCGAGGAUCCGAACUGUUACAAGGAUCUGGCUCGCCUAAAAGGCGUUCGGUACCUGUCGUGGGAACGGGAUGAUCUGGUUUAUCCGGAGGACGAAGGUCAUCACCCGGACGGCGGAGGCCGGCAUGCUAAAUUUACAAACUAUGCCUUCGACGCCAAAGAGUUCGCUCGGCUGGUUGCCAUUGGGGCGGAGCACGUGUGGAACCACGAGGAGUACCAGCAGUUUCUGGAGCGCUCACGACGGAAGCAGGAGAAGCUCUCGGGUAAGGAUGAGCUGUAAGGUAAGAGAACUUAAAGACGCUACUUGGAAAUGCUAAAGAAGACUUUUUUACAUCUAUUCCUAACCGUAACGGUAAAGUUAACCAAUGUUGCCUUGUUGUUCAAAUACAACGAAAUUACUCAUUACAUAUGCAAUUGAUGAUUCCUCUAAUCGAAGCUACUCAAACGUUACUCGAAUAAUAGUAUUAUAUAUUUUUCAAUAUUAACGUA